CAGCAGGAGUAGGCUAAAAGAAUUAAUCCCCCCUCCCAACAGGGCACAAGCUGUAUAAAACAUGGGCAAUGUAGGGAAUCAGACAGACGUGCCUUGAACAGCGGGAAAAGCAGCUACAGCAGAAUUUAAAGUGAUGCGCUCCAACGGUGUGAUGUUGCUGAGUAUUCUGACUCUCUGCCUGCUGGUUUGUAUUCACUCUGGCACAAAUGCAUAUCCGGUCAAACCUGCCAGUCCACAACAAGGCGCAGCACCUGAGGACCUUGCCAAAUAUUACUCUGCUCUAAGACAUUACAUCAACCUCAUUACAAGACAGAGGUAUGGAAAACGAGACAAUCCAGAUACAGUAUUCUCCGAUGUGCUUGUGAGGGAGAGCACAGAGAGUGUUCCGGGAUCCAACUAUAUCAGGUAUGAUGGGCUGUGGUGAUACUGCUGGAGCUGUCGCAUCCAGGUUGACUUUACCAUAACGCUGUCACUGUGUCUUUUACUGAGAUGAAAUUAACUUGUGUUGCAUGGAAUAAAUGCUGUGUAAAGACA